AUGAAGCUCUCUGUCUUCUGCCUUUCUUCUCUCUCUCUCUCUCUCUCUCUUCUCUGGGUAUCUCGGCAGGAAGAUCAGCCGCUAAUGCAGCGCGAGAGGAGAAAAGGAUGCGGAAUACGAGGCCAGGCGGCGCGCAAGAAGGCGAUCUCGCUGCUCGGCUGGAGAAGCGCUGCCCAACCACCAGCGCCCGCAGCGAGCGAGCACAAUCGCAAGCAAGCAGCAAACAUCUUCUGGAGCGUCAGCAGGGGGUCUACAUAUCAGCCGACUGGAGAGAGCAUCCAAAGUACCUCGAAGUACCGCCGGGUCGCCCGCGAGACAUCCGGGUUUCAUCUUGCGUCGCCGUCGAUCGUCUCAUCUCCAACCUUCACUUCCUCAACUUCACUUCUGCAACCUCAACUUCUCACAUCUUCAACCUCAACUUCCACCUCUCACUCUCAUGUCCCCAGCAUGGCCUCCCUCUGGCGGCUCCUCGCCCUCGGGCUCAGCCUAGCACUCGCCGCCGCCCAGACGAUCACGCCGCUCGACACCCGCGGCCAGCUGCAGGUCGGCAGCCCGCUGUACUCGCUCGACCUCGACCCGGAGCCCUACGACGACCGCGUGAAGCUGCAUCUCUACCCGUCGACAUCGAACCUCUACGCCCCCGAUGACUCUCUCAAGGUGAUCUCCUUCUUUUCUUCUUCGUCUUCGUCUUCUGCUGCCGCCGUCGUGCUGCUGUGGUGGUGUUGUGGCGGCGGCAGCGGCGGCGGCGUUGGUGUCCGGCUCAAGGAGACGGACAUUGCGUAUCUCUCCUGCGACCCGGACGACUACCCGGGCAACAUCGACCCAAACGACACCCUGGGCUCCCUUCUCGCCGCCUCCCGCCGUCCCGCCGCCAUCCUGCUGUACACCACCCACGCCGUGCGCUGCGACUACGAGGCCGACCACGACGAGGACCCGGCCACCACCUACAAGACCAUCUUCUCGCUGCGUGACCCGGAGCUCGCCAACGCCCUGCUCACCUCGACCGAGCGCCAUAAUGCGACCAUCUCGACCGCCGGGCCCGUCACGGCCGCCCAGUCGCUGCAGGAAGACCCCCAGCCCUCGCGGCCGCACCAGGGAGACCCGCGCAACAACGGAGUCGAAACCACCCGCAACACCGCCAUGAUCAUCCUCUACACUGUCACCGGCAUCAUCACCCUCCUGUUUCUAGCAGUCAUCGUGACCGGUGCCAUCCGUGCGCACCGCCAUCCGGAUCGCUACGGGCCUCGCAAUGUGCCCGGUAGAGCCAGGCAGAGUCGAGCAAAGGGGAUUGCCAGGGCCAUGCUGGAUACGUUGCCCAUCGUCAAGUUCGGCGAGGACAGAGAGCAGCGCUCGAAGCAGCAUGACGUCGAGCUCGGUGACGAUGCCCAUCCCCAUACCCGGCCAGAGUCUCAGCAACAGAAUCCAGAACAGACAGAGGCUGUUGCUAAUACAGAUGUUGGUGCACCUGCACCAGCACUAUCUACAGCGAAUGUCCCGGUAGAGCAGCAGCAGCAGCAGCAACCUCGCUCUGCGUCUCCGUCAGGCUCAGCUGCCGGCUCAGCAACUUCUGAGCGAGAACCAUCUACUACCUGUCCCAUCUGCACGGACGAGUUCGUUCGUGGCCAGGACGUCCGUCUCCUGCCAUGCAACCACUCCUUCCACCCAGAGUGCGUCGAUCCAUGGCUCGUCGACGUCUCCGGCACCUGUCCUCUCUGGUACGUCUACCUCUACAUUUUACUUGUCCGAAUAAAUCUCAACCCGGAUGCACAGGAACAGCAACAGCAUCACGAUACCAUCACCGGCAUCGAAGGGGACCCUGCCAUUGAUGCCAGGGAAAGAGACAGGAUCAGAAAUGCCCGUGCCUCGACGGGAGGUACUUCCACCGAAGCCGGAGGCGACGAGGCCAUGCUCCAGCAUGCUCGUAAUCUACGGUCCAGACACGCAAAUGCAGAGGAACGACGACGCAACCGGCUCUCUGCCCGCUUCGUCGAGCGCUUCCGUAUACGCACCAGGCCGCACGGGGAGGCCGACGCUCCCCCUGUCCCUGUCCCCAAUACCACUACCGCUACCACCGCCAACGCAGGUACAGGUACUACCACAACUACUAACCCGAGUACGGAGCCGAGUACCAACUCAAGUACUUGA